CGUCAUUUUUGGGCCCACAUGGAUCCCUCCAUGCAGGCUUUGGUCGGCUUCACUGUCUGAUCUCUGGCUUACCCCCUUGCUAGCUACGGCAAGUCGUUAGCCACAUUAAUGUGAAGCUAGUUUAUAGCCCAGGUCAGACCUUCCUGGUGAGUUAUUACAAACUAAGAAAAUGCGACACCCUUUUUAUACAAAUCGGGCAUAGCUGUGCUAAAAAUGUCAGUGUUUAGCCUCACUGUUAAACGCACAUGCAGCAGCGUGUCAGCGAACAUCAUUCGGCCUUCGUGUAACCUGUUAACACACGAUGGGCACUCAAUAACAAACGUGGGGGACUUCCACAGUGGAAGAAACCGCUGCCUGCAGAAACACACCACAAAUGUAACGCGUCUGUUGAGCUCUCAACCACAUAACCCCAAGAUACCGGCUGUUGCAACAUGGGAGCCAGUACCAGAGGACCAACUUCCCCCGCCCACCCAAAUCCCUGCUGACCUGGUGGACAAACUAGAACGGCUGGCCUUGGUUGAUUUCCGCACCAAACAGGGACUGGAUUGUUUGGAGAAAGCUGUACGAUUUGCAGAUCAGCUUCAUGUUGUUGACACGUCGGGGGUUGAACCGAUGGAUUCAGUUCUGGAGGACAGGGCAUUAAACCUGAGGGACGAUACAGUGGUGGAAGGGGACUGUGCUGAAGAACUACUUCAGCUCUCCAAAACCACAGUGGAGGAAUACUUUUUGGCUCCACCAGGAAACAUUCCUCUACCAAAGCAGGAGGAGAGGGCUGCCAUGCUGAAACACUCAGAGAUCUGAUGUUCAUGACUUUAUCCAUGAUAUUUAUCGCUUACACCUAUUGUUAAAUCCUGUUUUAUCAUAAUUUUAUGAAAAUUGUACUGAAAUUUGACUGACAUUCAGUGCAAUGGCAGUACAUUUGUUAUUUACAUUAUGAUCUUCUUGUGUCCUGUUUUCAUUCAUAGUGUGUAACUUUAAUAAAAAAAAAACAAAUAUGUAA